AUGGGAGAAAUACUGCAAAUUCAAGUGGGUCGUUGUGGCAAUCGGAUUGGAGACAACUUUUGGAAAACCAUAUCUAACGAACAUGGACUUGACGAGGAAGGGAAAGUUACCAGUUAUACUACAGAUGAACAGUUAGAGCACAUAAAUGUGUAUUAUGACGAAUCCCAAGGUGGAAUUUAUGUGCCUCGGGCGGUGCUCGUGGACUCGGAUUCGACGUUGUUAAACACGAUCGAUGGGCGACCGUGUGGUGGUAAUGCAUACAGAAAACAAAACUUUGUGGGAGGGCAUGGCAGAACCGGAAGUAAUUGGGCCAGGGGCUAUUAUGAUAGCAGUGAAAUAUCGAGUCUCGUCGCGGACGCUGUCCAGUCGGAAGCGGAGCGGUGCGAUCGGCUCCAAGGGUUCCAGUUGGUACAUUCGAUGGGCGGAGGCACUGGGUCCGGUCUAGGUGGACGAGUGCUGGACAACGUCCGAGUGUCGUAUCCAAAUCAGGUGGCUCACACGUACAGUGUAGCACCGUGGACGACCGUGUCGGACGAGCCUACUGAGUCGUACAACGUGUUGCUGUCUGCGGCCCGGUUGGUGGGCGACGCACAUGCGACAUAUCUGUUAGACAAUCGGGCGCUAUUUGACACAUGCUGUAGUAGUGGAAAAUAUGCAACAGCCGCUCCUGCGUACGCUGAUCUCAACCACCUGGUGUCGCAGAUCAUGUCUGGAACGACGACUGGACUCCGGUUCUCCGGUAGGUUGAACGCCGACAUGAGAAAGUGCACCGCCAACAUAGUGCCUUAUCCGAGACUGCACUUUUUUUUGCCGGAAUUUGCACCGCUCACAUUCCGUGGUCAAACGGACGCGUGCGUGUACACAAUUCCCGAGCUGGCCACGCAACUGUCCGGAGCAGUGCGGCUGCAACGGCGUUGCAUCGACGCCGACACCAUCGAGGCUGUCGUAAUGGCCGCCGUCAUGACGUUUAGGGGCAAAAGCUUAGAGACCGAUAGCAGUGGCGGUGUACCAAUGCAACCGGCUACGGGAUGGAUGUCUGACCCAGAACGUUGUUGGUUACCGGACAAUCUCAAAACUGCCAGUUACGGUGUACCGUCUCACGGACUCGAGAAUAGUGCCACGGUAGUGGCCAAUACGACAGCGGUGCGCGACGUAUUCGAACGGUACUGCCAGCGAUUUGAGUCAAUGUUGGCAAAACGGAAGCUAUUGCACAAGUACACCGAAGAGAGGAUAGAUUUAGAUGAAUUCCGAGUUGCGUUUGAACAGAUUGAAUCGCUGCUGGCUGAAUACUUGGCUAUCGAGCAGAUCAAUUGUAGUGGUAAUGAUGACGAUGACAGACAAUCAUUAACAAGUAUAAGCAGCACUGUAUCGCCAUCGACAGUUGAUGGACACAAACUGCCAGUACUUUAA